AUGGGAGACCAGCCAACCCUCAAGAGCCAGCCCGAGAUCGAUUGUGUCUAUGAGAUUCUUAAGCUCUGCAAGGAGAAGGAGAACCUGCGCGAUGAGGUUUACUGCCAGGUCAUCAAGCAGCUCACGCAGAAUCCCAAGCCAUGGAAGGUGUUCCCUACUUGUGUCCCCUACUCCGACACCGAGACCAACGAGCUGGCGACAAGGAGCUUCAUGACUUUGAUGAGGUUCAUGGGAGACCAGCCAACCCUCAAGAGCCAGCCCGAGAUCGAUUGUGUCUAUGAGAUUCUUAAGCUCUGCAAGGAGAAGGAGAACCUGCGCGAUGAGGUUUACUGCCAGGUCAUCAAGCAGCUCACGCAGAAUCCCAAGCCGGACAGCUGUAUCCGUGGCUGGCAGCUCCUGAGCCUGCUCACCGGCUUCUUCCUUCCCUCCAGCACCUUGAUGCCAUACGUCACCAAAUACCUGCAGGAAGCCAGUGCCGAUCCAGUCAGCAUCCACCAUGAUCUAGCCAGGGGCUGCUAUGGCCCUGGUGGAGGGCGGUGCUGCCUGGCUGGAUUUCUGAGAGGGAGGGCUCAGGUGUUUCUUCACUAG